AUGCCGAACCAACAACCCCCCGUCGGCGAAGACGCCUGGGUGGCAGUCGCAGAGAGCCGCCGUCCUACCGAUCUGCUGUCGCGCAUCGAGAACAUCGAGCUCUUCAAGCAGGCUGUGUCUGCCGAGCCGGGCAGCUUGAAGAUCUGGGUGGCGUAUUGUGACUACUUUUGGUCUCUGUAUGCUGGAUGCCAACCACACAGCGAUGCAGGUUGGUCGCGCGAAGAACAAGCCGAGGCCGGUCAGCUCUUUACACUCGAUGCUGCCUUGAGCCUUUGGCAGACGGCCUACGAGGCAACGCGCUACAGGUUGAACGACAGCCAUGAGCUCUGGAACCGCUGGAUCUCCCUCGAGAUGGAAUUGUUGGCCAGGACGAGAACUCCUGAGGGUGUUAAGCGCAUUACUCAUCUCUUCCGCAACCGGCUACAGACACCCCACAAGACAUGGGAUGAAACCUCGCAGAUGUUCUCAACCUUCCUCUCCGAGUACAACAGAGCCGCCUGGGAGUCUACGAUGCAGGAGAUCACCUCGCUCUCCAAAGAGGCGAAGAAGAUAUACGAGUCCCGCGACCCCUUCGAGCUGAAACUUGAUGUUGCUGCUAGAGAAGGCAAAGAGGACGACUACAAGGCUGUAAUGAGAGACUACCUGGACUGGGAGACGAAGCAGAAUAUGAAGGAAAAGAAACACAAGGAGCGCGCCAUCGAGAUCUGUGUUGGUCUCUUUUCCCGUGCCCUGACCGGCGUAUUCUCUCGGGAUGAAAGCGCUUGGACGGACUAUAUUGUAUGGCUGUCCACGCAACACUCUUUCUUCGCUGGCCAGCUCAGAUCGAUGGAAAUCCUGCAAGCGCUGCCUCGCCAACUCGACGUAUUGCAACGUGCCGUCCAACAUUGUCCGUGGUCCGGCGAUCUGUGGGCCAGGUACAUUUUGAGUGCCGAGGAAGCCGGCUUAGCAUUCCAUGACAUUGAACGGAUCAAGCAUGCCGCCACCGACAGCGCUGAGCUUGACAGAGACGAUUUAACGGGAGUCAUUGAGAUGUAUGCUGCUUGGUGCGGGUACUUGAAGCGCCGAGCCAUGGAUCCAAAUGCCACCGACGAGGACUCCGAUGUCGCUGAUCUGGGAUUAGUCGCAGCUCUAGAAGAUGUCCAAAUCUGGGGGAAACGGAUAUACGGCGAUGCGUACAAAGGGGACCCCAACUUCCGCCUGGAGCGCAUACUAAUCCAAUACCUCACCGAGAAGAAGGGUGCUAUUGACGAGGCACGCGAGCACUGGCAAGAACUAGCAACCAAGGACCUGUAUGGCGACAGCUACAACUUCUGGCUUACUUACUAUAUGUGGGAAUUGUCCGUCUUCCUCUCCCAGAAAGGAAAAGCUCUCAGCCCUACGCCUGGCCCAGGGCCAAGGACUCUGAAGGUGCCUAGCAUGGCAACAGAUGUGCUUCAGAAGGCAAUCUCUAAGAAGACAUUGGACUGGCCAGAGAGGGUGAUGGAAAUCUACCUCCAACACUGCAACGAUUACGAAACACCCGAGACUUUGCACCGCGCUUUCGACACCGUCUAUAGGACACGCAAGGGGAUUGCGAAACGUAGAGAAAGGGAGGCUGUUGAUGCUGCGGCUGCAUACAGCGCACAGUACGCUCAAUACCAGGAGCAGGCCCAGCAAGCUGCGACGCAGGAAACUGGCCCGGAGUCACCGUCUGGUUCCAAGAGGAAACGAGAGCUUACACCUGGAGCUGCCUCCGAUACCGCGAGUAAGCGAGUGAAGAACGAGAGUGAGGCUGAACUUGUCAAAGAUACAGCAACUACAAAUGAACAUCAGCAAGAGCCUCAAAAGCGUGACAGAGAACACACCUCUAUCAUUGUGACAAGUCUUCCCGCAGAAGCGACCCAGACGAAGAUCAAGCAAUACUUCCGCGAAUAUGGCCACAUCAAAAACUUCAUUCACAAGGUUGAGGAAGAUGGCAAUUCUGCUGUGGCGGUCAUAGAGUUUGAUACUUUCGAAGAAGCUCAGUCUGCGCUCCUGCGCGAUGGCAAAUAUUUUGACCAACAGCAGAUCACCGUCAAGCUCGCAACUGGACUAACUUUGUUCGUUACCAACUUCCCUCCCAGAGCAGAUGAUGCCUUCAUCCAGGAGCUGUUCAAGGAUUGCGGCGAGAUCCUGUCCAUUCGUUGGCCAAGUCUCAAAUAUAAUACGCAUCGGCGUUUCUGCUACGUUACGUUUCGUGAUGCCGAGGGCGCAACCAAGGCAACGAAGUUUGAUGACACGAAGGUUGAGGGCCGCUACACACUCGAGGUGAAACACUCCAACCCAGGCCAGAAGAAACAGCGCGAGCCACCGAAGACGGAGAGAAAGCCGGCGGUACACGGGCCUCCCGCCUCAACAGCACCAGCGUCGAAGGUUGCUCUGAUGGCCCCGCCGCCCACAAUCAAACGACCGGUGCUUGGCAAGGGACAGGCAAAGAGAGGCUUGGGCUUUGCCGGCGCCAUCAGCAAAGAGACUAAAGUACAUGAGAAUGGUAGCAACGCGCUGACGAACGGCACAUCUACUGCGCCGGCCGGCGGCGGGAAGAAGAGCAACGACGACUUCAGAUCGAUGUUGCUCAACAAGAACAGUACACAGACAGAACAGCAACAGCAACAGCAGCAAAAUGGGCUCGAUACUGGGGCGGCUAAGGCGUGA